GUUACACCGCCAGUUAUUUGGGUAAUUACAAUAUUUGGAAACCAAAGUUAUAUGAUCAGUUCUCCACACUGACUGAUGACAAGGUGUCCAUGUUAUUCUGCUUUUUGUGUUCUGACUCCAGCCCUCCUGACUUCACUGACACAGAGUGGCUGAACUGCCUUAACGUUAUACGACGGACAGUGUACGGUAAAGGGAAUCCUGUAACACGUGAGGAAGCACAGCAGACUCUGGACAGACUAAAGUCAAGUGAUUACCUUUGGGAAGAUCAGGGCAGGAUUACAAUGAACACAAAGGAUGAGACAAUGUAUAGGAUUGCAUCAAAAAGACCUUAUAUACCAUUCCUUUACAGUAGUUAUGACACAGUCAGUGUGUACCUGAGAUCAAUGGGGUACAAAAGAAAACCUGAAGAGAAGUGUGUCGUUAGUAACAGAAAAUACUGUGAUUCCUUACUGAUACUUCGUCUACAAAUGAACAUAUUGACUCACGUCACCAUGGAGGACACGAGUAUAUAUGACAAGAUACACCACAUAUUGAAUAUCCCAGAAAAUCAAAUUAAGAGCUGUGAAGAUGAACGAAGUAAAUUUCUAAGGACACUAAGAAGAGGGGAGGCUGUUCAUUAUAGAGGGAGGCCUGAGGACAGUGUAGAUCAUGUGAGGUGGCUUCUUGGAUACGGGUGUAGAGCGAGACAUGACAUUGUAAGAUCCUGUAUAGGCCUCCAACCGCACUGGGACAUUUAUAUUCUCGACAACAAAGCUUACAGAAAAUCAAGUGAAAUUCUUAGUUAUCCGCCGGAAGUCAGAUGUCUACUGUAUUGUUUACUGUUAAGUGAUCAAUAUCGGCUGAAUCUCAAUGAACAAUCUCACAGAAUCAUAAGGGACAAAAUCAAAGAUAGAUGUUUUAUAGAUCUAAAUGAUGACGAUUUGGUAGAUCUUCCUGAUGGAAUCACAGAGACUCAUAAAGGUGUUAUAACCUUUAUAUCAGAGGACAUCCGACAUGACGUCAUGAACGCCUUUGUUACGGAGUGUCUGGUGGAGGAGAGUGAUCUGGAGUUUUUCCUGACCACGGCGUCACGUGACGUGAUAUCAGAAUACUGCCGGACCUGGUGGUAUACGAAGAGUAGGGGAGAGAGAUGUCUGUAUUUACCGGACAGUCCGGAGAAAUUGUACUACCUCUUCAUAGACAAACUACAGCUGGACAUUAUUACACACUGUACUGUGUCUGACAGGGGGAUUCAUGGAAGGAUCAGUCGACUUUUUCAACCAAUUCAUGAUCUACAGCAACAUAUUUUUGACAUUGCAUCUCGUCAUCGAUGGAAAGAAAAUAUUCCCAAGGAGUGGUCCUUCUUUGAAAUAGAAAUUAAUCAAAAGAAAGAAUCAAAGAGGAUUUUAGACAUUGAGAAUUUAACAACAAAGCUUACCGGCAACAAUGACCAAAAGCAAGAGGAAUUGAAAUCAAAGAAGGAUAUGUUACGAUAUUACCAUGACGCAGGGAAGGCUCUGUAUUUCAAUGAGGAGGGACUUCAGCAAUAUGUCGUUAUUGACGUUCAAUGGUUUACUGAUGCUUUCAAACACAUUAUCACUGACAAACUUCAUUUUAAAGAUAUCCCUGCUGCACAGGAGGAUUGGAAUGAAUACUACAACACCGGAAAUUUAAGAAAUGAACUUCUAACAGAGAUCUGGAAACAGGAAGAUAAAAGAUUUAAAGAUCAGUUGAUGGAAGCAAACAAUAAGGAUCUCUAUUCCUACAGUAAAGAAUAUGAAUUCGACUUUAAAGUUGAUCCCCGAUAUCUUCUCUUUCACAAGGAAGUACUACUCAAUUUUAUGCAAAGACUUGGUUUGAUAGCUGUUGGUCAAAACUCCCAUUAUGUUCCAAGCAUGAACCGUAAGGAAAUAGAGUCAGCAAUUCCAAAGCUUAUUCAAAGAUCGGAAAAAACAUCAAUACAGUUACAGGUAUUUCACCCAGUUCCAGGGCGCUUGUUAGGAAAAGAUGAAACUUACAAAAUUCAGAAUACUAUAGAGAUUAUCUUAUAUGACAUUUCUGGAACCUUUCACAGAAGUCUGUUGUACGAAAUAGGUUUUAAAUGUCAAGAGGAAAGUGCAUGGAUGAUUGCAGUGGAUAUAAACGGACAAUUUGUUAAAGGCAAAUACGUAAAUGAAAAAGAUG